GUAGUCCUCUUGGACGCCUACUGGCAUUGCCAGCGCGGCGGUGGCGCAUCUCUCGGUUCCAGCCAGUAGGUCCUGUGAGGGCGAGCUGAGGCGGAGAAAGGGCGCGGAACGGAAAAGGGUGAGUCAGGCUCUGUCUACGCGAUAAAGGGAGGCGGCACCGCGGCGUAAGGCCGAGUUAAGUAAGCGCGGCCCGCGUGCAGUCUCUCCGGAGACACCGCGGUCUUAGCGUCAGCGAGAAGAGGGUGAGGAGGCGCCAGAGCCCGGUCCCUGCACCCGUUCUCGCCUUCAGCUCCCCGCCGCCAUCUCCAUCAUGCAGUCCCGGGAGGAAGCCCCGCGCUCUCGCCGCCUCGCCAGUCCCCGCGGGGGGAGGCGGCCCAAGAGGAUUUCCAAGCCCUCGGUUUCAGCUUUUUUCACCGGCCCGGAGGAGCUGAAGGACACGGCUCAUUCUGCAGCCCUGCUGGCACAGCUCAAGUCCUUCUACGACGCGCGGCUGCUCUGCGAUGUGACCAUCGAGGUGGUCACGCCUGGCAGCGGGCCUGGCACGGGCCGCCUUUUUUCCUGCAACCGUAACGUGCUGGCUGCCGCGUGUCCCUACUUCAAGAGCAUGUUCACCGGCGGCAUGUACGAGAGUCAGCAGACGAACGUGACCAUGCACGACGUGGAUGCCGAAUCCUUUGAGGUGUUGGUCGAUUACUGCUACACGGGUCGCGUGUCUCUAAGUGAGGCCAACGUGCAACGCCUUUACGCGGCCUCCGACAUGCUGCAGCUGGAGUAUGUGCGGGAAGCCUGUGCCUCCUUCCUAGCCCGCCGCCUCGACCUGGCUAACUGCACGGCCAUCCUCAAAUUCGCCGACGCCUUCGACCAUCACAAGCUGCGAUCGCAGGCCCAGUCCUUCAUAGCCCACAACUUCAAGCAGCUCAGCCGGAUGGGUUCGAUUCGAGAGGAGUCUCUGGCAGAUCUAACCUUGGCCCAGCUGCUGGCUGUCCUGCGCCUGGAUAGUCUAGACAUCGAGAGUGAGCGGACAGUGUGUCACGUGGCGGUGCAGUGGUUGGAGGCGGCUCCCAAGGAGCGGGGUCCCAGUGCCGCAGAAGUCUUCAAGUGUGUCCGCUGGACACACUUCACUGAUGAGGAUCAGGAUUACCUGGAAGGGCUGUUAACCAAGCCCCUUGUGAAGAAGUACUGUCUGGACCUUAUUGAAGGGGCCCUGCAGCUGCGAUAUGGUGACAUGUUGUACAAGUCUCUGGUGCCAAAGCCCGAAAGCAGCAGCGGCAGCUCUGUUGUGUCCAUAGCAGAAAAUCCACCCCAGAGGCUGGGUAUGUGUGCCAAGGAGAUGGUGAUCUUCUUUGGACAUCCCAGAGAUCCCUUUUUAUGCUAUGACCCGUACUCAGGGGACAUUUACACAAUGCCAUCACCUUUGACCAGCUUGGCUCACACUAAGACUAUCACCUCCUCAGCUGUCUGUGUCUCUCCAGAGCAUGACAUCUAUCUAGCCGCCCAGCCCAGGAAAGACCUCUGGGUGUAUAAGCCAGCCCAGAACAGCUGGCAGCAACUUGCGGAUCGCUUGCUCUGCCGUGAGGGCAUGGAUGUGGCGUACCUCAAUGGCUACAUUUACAUUUUGGGUGGGCGAGACCCUAUUACUGGAGUUAAGUUAAAGGAAGUUGAAUGCUACAGUGUUCAGAGGAACCAGUGGGCUCUGGUGGCACCUGUCCCCCAUUCUUUCUAUUCCUUUGAGCUAAUAGUGGUUCAGAACUAUCUUUAUGCUGUGAACAGUAAGCGCAUGCUCUGCUAUGAUCCUAGCCAUAAUAUGUGGCUGAAUUGUGCUUCUCUUAAACGCAGUGACUUUCAGGAAGCCUGUGUCUUCAAUGAUGAGAUCUAUUGCAUCUGUGACAUCCCAGUCAUGAAGGUCUAUAACCCAGCCAGGGGCGAGUGGAGGCGGAUUAGUAAUAUUCCCCUGGACUCUGAGACCCACAACUACCAGAUUGUCAAUCAUGGCCAGAAGUUGCUCCUCAUCACUUCUACUACCCCACAAUGGAAAAAAAACCGGGUGACUGUGUAUGAAUAUGAUACUAGAGAAGACCAGUGGAUUAAUAUAGGUACCAUGUUAGGACUUUUGCAGUUUGACUCUGGCUUUAUUUGCCUCUGUGCUCGUGUUUAUCCUUCCUGCCUUGAACCUGGUCAGAGUUUCAUCACUGAGGAAGAUGAUGCACGGAGUGAGUCUAGUACUGAAUGGGACUUAGAUGGAUUCAGUGAGUUGGACUCUGAGUCAGGAAGUUCAAGUUCUUUUUCUGAUGAUGAAGUCUGGGUGCAGGUAGCACCUCAGCGAAAUGCACAGGAUCAGCAGGGUUCUUUGUAAAUAUUUUGAAAUACUAAGAUGUUUCUACUGCUAUUCAAUGUAUCUUAAAAAAAGAUAUCCUUUUCCUUUUCCUGAAAAGAAAAGGUGAUUAGGACCGCAGAUUUGGUUUAGAAAGGGUGAUGUUUGAAUUGCUAAUGUAAUGUUACAAAAUUUAAACAGUCCUUGAAAUCAACCUAUAUAAUAAUUUACUUUGCUGAAAGUUGAGAUUAAAAUAUGCAAAAAAAGAACCAUAUAAUUGAUCAGAAUGCUUUUUUUUUUCCCCUUGUUCAAAUAUUUGUUGCAUCAGUGGAUUAUUUUGAUUAGUUACACUGUUCAUAUUCUGAUUGUCUAAUUUAGACUUCUGUUAACUUUUUAAUUCUAUUUACUGUUGUGAGGAAGUUAGCUUUUGGACUUUUAUAAUAGAAAAUUGGACUAGAAAUUGUUUGUAGGAUUUUGAGGAUUUAUAUUUUUCUUCAGAAUAAUGAAAGUAGUAGAUUUCCCAAAUUUUGAACAAGUCAGUUUUUAGUAUUCUGUUAAUAUAGUUUGUUAAAAUUUGGUUUGGCUUUCUUCUGCAAAGAAAAAAAAUUGGACAUAUAUAUUAAGGUUAUUAAAGAGUGAUUUCAUUUUGAUAAUGUGCAGAAUGGUCUUAAAUGUUCACCAAAAGUAAAAAAAAAAAGUCCAGAUUCCAAUGUUUUAAAAGAAAUUUCAUUUUUAAUUUUGGAAUAUAGCAUGUAUAUUUACUAAAUGCGACCAUUUUUCUCUCCUAAAAAACAUCCAUUCUAGUAGUAUCAGCAAUUAUUUAGAUACCCUUCUAAACCAAAAACAGUAGGUAACUUGCCAUAUUUUUCAUCUGUACCUGAUACAUGCUUCAUUGAAUCAAAGGAACAAUCCUGUUUUUCACUGGACAUAUGAUUGGGUAAUGUAAAUUUUUAUCCAUUGGUCUUGCCUGGUCUUAAAAAGUUUAUAUGUUUUCCUGAAACAUUUUGGCAGUAUAGUUUUGGUGUUUGUGUUAGAGGAUUCUUCAGCAGGAAGUGAUUUUUGUGAGGUGAUACUGGUUUUGAAAAUACGUAUAAACUAAAAACAGUUUUUUAUUGAGGUCAGUAGUAGUUAUGGUGUCUACCAACUCUAAAGAACAAGUGCCAGCGGAGAACUUUAAAAUUUUAAGCUGUGUAUAGAACUGUUUUAUGUAGUGUUGAAAUUUACUGUCAGUUUUUUAAGUCACUAUAAAUGAUUAUCAGCUUGAAGGUAUUUUUGUAUUAAAAGUUGACAGUUAAAGAACAUAAGUGGAUGAUGGCAUUUGGGGCCAAGAGUGAAAAUAAUGUUUCCUCUAAAAUAUUUCCCUAAGCAAUGGUACACAUGGUUAUUUUAUUAGGUUUUUUGUGACCUGUAAUUCUCUGUAAACCAUGCUCCAGGUUUUGGUUUUUUUGUUUGUUCAUUUUAUAUCACCAUAAUAAGGAAAGUUCCUGAAAUAGAGACUAAACUGCACAAAAUUUGCCAUUGUUAAGUACAAGAAAAUAUAGGUGCUUACUUUUUGAAGAUUUAUUAAUGCAUAUGGUUCUCAUAACACACAUACAUGAUAAGUGGUGUAUAUAUACAGAUGCUUAUGGUCUAUAAAUUUUUCUAUACCCACUUAGAAUUAUCUUCUUAAAUCUUUGUUCAGUAACAUGCUAAUUCCUCUUCUGUGUUUAUUUUCCAGUGACCAAAUGCUAACAUUUCUUUCACCCUGGCAGAGUACUGAGGAGUGUGUUCUGGGAUGGAGAACAGAAUUUUGAAUUAAAAAAAAAGAAAGAAAAGGAUUUUAGAAAACCAAACAUGUAAAUAAUGUUUUCUCAGCUUUUUUUUUUUUUUAAUUUUUUGUUUUGUUUUGUUUUGUGGGGUUUUUGGGGGGGUAAUUAGGUUUUGUUUAUUUAUUUACUAAUGGAGGUGCUGGGGAUUGAACCCAGGACCUCAUGCAUGCUAAGCAGUCACUCUGGACACUGAGCUAGACCCUCCCCCAUCUCAGCCAUUUUCGUUGAUUUAACAUUAUUUAGUGAAAUAAGAUUCUUAGCCUAGCAGCACAUGUCCCUUCAAAAUAGCAAACAUGCUUUAGUUUUGUUUAUUCCAUUUGACAUCAGGGCUGUCAACCAGCACUGCUCUUAACAUGGAAAACCAUUUCUUAAUAGUGUUAUUUUGGGGCCAGCUUUUCUUCACCAAUAACUUCUCGUUGAUAGCUUUUUGUUUUGUAAGGUUGAAAUAGGACAAUGCUGAUUAUCCACAGAAUUAAUGUUGCAACCGAUUGAAAAAGGACAGAUUCUCUAAUUUGUGAUUCUCAGUCUUUGAGUUAGGUAUAAGCUAAUUGGUAAAAUGACUGGUUUACAAAGAGGUUUUCUUAGAAAGGAUUUUGGUUUCAUGAUAUAUUUGUGAAUUAAGGACUAGAUUUAAGCUUUGUAGAUAAGUGAUUUGUACAUGGUUAGUGACAAAUAAAGCUGGCACUAGAACCCCAGGCCUUCUGACCUCUUAAUUUAGUGUUUCUGCUAAAUGUAUAAAACCUUUGCUUACAUAGUGAGUGGCUCAACUAGUAGUGUUGAAAUCCCUUCUUGACAGGAAAGCACCUUUGUCUCAGUUUUACAGUUGGCACAGGUUUUAGCGAACACACAGUAGAGUGUCAUUUGCAGGGCUGCUGUUUGUGUAAGACUUAGAGUGAUCUUACUGAUUUUUUGGAUCUGUCUGCCUGCAUGCUGAAAAGCCCAGAGAACCCAAAUUAUUUCAAAUACUUUAAAAAUUCAAAUGAUAAGUGACAUUGGUGUUUUCAAAAGGACAAAAUGUAAGACUCAUUUAGCAAAUUUAAAUUAUAAUUUCCUUCUAUCUCCCUUAGUUAAGCAGUGUUUUUUUGAUUUUUUUUUUCUGUUUUGAACCUGGAUCUUAAUUGAGAAUCUGAUAAAAAAGCUUUUGAUGCAUUCCCCAGAAAAAUAUAUGUGUUUAUGUUUUCAUAAUUUCAAAGGUGUUAUGACACUUCUGAAGUUCAUCCACACACCCAGGUUGAGAACACUUGGGACAGUUCCAAGAACACUUCUACAAAAAGGAAUUAGCAUUUUGCACAAGACGUAUUGCUCAAAUGUUUGUAAGGUGGGGAGGGGACAUUAUUAAAAUGGAGCUGAAGAAAUACUACACAUUCACCAUCUGAAAGGGAUGUGAAUGUUAAUGCGUGCCUCAGAAUGGAGACAAAGUUGACACUUAGGCUAAAGUUCAAAUUUCCUCAUGGUGAUUAACGUGAGAACAGCUAAGUAGUAAAUGUAAGUGAUUUAAAGAAAUAGGUCAAAUGAGCUAGUGUAUAUUUGAAACUUGGAAAUGUUAUACUUAUAUGUGAGAUGAUUAUUGUCUAGGAAGGCUGCAUAUAUGUUAGGAUUUAAAGCAAAAUAGAUUCCAGGUGUUUUAAACUGUGGAUGUCACAGCUGUUUAUUUAGAUACCUAAGAUGCAAGAGUUCUUUAUCUCAUUAUGAACAGGUGCUUGGAAAAGGGCUUCUACCCAUAAGAAAUCUAUUUAAAAUAUAAUUUAAAAAUAUAACAAAUUUGCUACUCACUGCUCAUGAAACUAGAAACCAGCACUUUGCCUGAUGUCGUUUUCACCCAUUUGUGCCGAGAUGAGCAAAAAACAUAAAACAUGAUGAAUGACUUGUAAACUAAAA